AAUCAAACACAUUUUUAAUUUAGUACGAUUUAUUUUAUUUUAUAAUGAUUAAUUUUGGCAUGCUUUUGAGGAGUAAGUCGUGAGAUUUAAAGUGAAGAGACCAAUGAAAAUCAUGAAACACUCUUCAAGUGAUAUUAUUUCGCCUGUUGUGAUUUGAGAAACGUUCAAUUUAACAUUUCUUAUUUUAACAUUUCUUCUAAAAUAAAAGGUGUUUCGAUGGCCAAAAUUAAUGGAAGGAAAUUUAUAAAAAAAUGUGAAGAGGAUUUCAUUAUUGGAUUUAUGUGGUCAAACAUGGAUAGGAAGUAAGAUGCUUAAAUCAGUUCGUAGACAUAAUGUCUUGGCUUUACCAACCUCCUAUAAUAGCUGGUCUGAAAAUUAAACUCUUCGAAACAAGAAUAGUCACAAUUUGUUGAUUAUUAAAGAUUUCUGAAUAUGAAUGGUAAAAAGCAACAAGAAAAGGAAAUCUGUCAGAUUCGGCGAGCAUACAUUUGUUCAAACUACCAUCAAGUCUGGUCAACGGUCAAUCCUACGAAAACAUUUGACCGGCACCUGGCGUUUUGUAUUGUUGUGGCUUCGUAUUGUUACUUGCAGCAGUGGGUGGACGAGGACAUUCCUCUGGCAUUAAAUUUGAGUGAGACGAACAGCAACAAAUCUCAAACUUUCUUUCGUAUAGUUUAAGUUUAUGUUAUUGUUGGGUAGGCAUGCUGAUUUAGUUUAAUUUGUUGCUUUUCUGAAUUCUCAAUCUCAGUUCACUGCAUGGUUUUGUUGUUGUGGUGGGAUUGAUUAAUAUAUAUUAAUCAUUUUUUUAGGAGUAAAUGGAUGAACAAUUGAGGUUGCUAAAAGUCAUUGUUGUGCAAGGGAAAAGAUUAGUGAUCCGGGAUUUCAAGAGCAGUGACCCUUAUGUUGUUGUCAAGCUGGGGAAUCAGACAGCAAAGACCAGGGUCAUCCAUUGUUCCUUGAAUCCUGUCUGGAAUGAAGAGCUGAGUUUCACUCUGACUGAACCUUUCGGACUUCUGAAUUUGGAAGUGUUUGACAAAGAUUUUCUGAAGGCUGAUGACAAGAUGGGGAGUAGUUAUCUGAAUCUUCAACCAUUGAUGUCUGCAUCUAGAUUAAGAGAUAUUUUAAAGGUGUCAUCUGCCUCUGGUGAGACAACAUUGAGGAAGGUGACACCAGACAGUGAAAAUUGUCUUGCCCGUGAAAGCAGUAUCAGUUGUGUUAAUGGUGAAGUGGUACAAAAUGUUUGGUUAAGGCUUCGUGGGGUUGAAUCUGGGGAGCUACAAUUGACUAUCAAGUUGAUCUCUUCCUCAAAUUAAUGUAUAUUGCAUCUUUCCUUACUCUUUUCAUUAUCUCUUCCUAUUCAAAUGAAAUUGCUUCCAUUCCCUUCUAUUCAUAGAUAUAUAAUAUUGCAGUUUAGCAUAGUUUAGCAGUUAGUUUUGAAACUACAUAUUCAAAUGAAAUUGUUUGCAUUCCCUUGUAUUGGAUCACAGAUUAGUGGAUGGAAAACUAGUUACUUUACCCUUCUUA